CUAGGCCGCGCGGGUCGGCACCGCCAUGGCCGCCUCGGCCUGCGGGGCUGCGGGGCCGUCGGACGGGACGUGCGUGCUGUGCUGCGGGGAGCUGGAGGUGGUGGCUCUGGGCCGCUGCGAUCACCCCAUCUGCUACCGCUGCUCCGUGCGGAUGCGGGCGCUGUGCGGGGUGCGGUACUGCGCGGUCUGCCGGGAGGAGCUGGGACAGGUUGUCUUUGGAAGGAAGCUGACCUCUUUCUCACCAAUAGCACUUCACCAGCUGCAGCACGAGAAGAAGUAUGACAUUUAUUUUAUGGAUGGAGAGGUUUAUGCACUGUACAGGAAGCUGCUGCAGCACGAAUGCUCUUUGUGUCCAGAUGCCAAACCUUUCAACACCUUUGCAGAUCUGGAGCAGCACAUGAGGAAGCAGCACGAACUCUUCUGUUGCAAACUCUGUGUUAAACACUUAAAGAUUUUUACCUACGAAAGGAAAUGGUAUUCCCGGAAGGACCUGGCCCGGCACCGAAUCCAUGGGGAUCCAGAUGACACCUCCCACCGUGGGCACCCCCUCUGCCAGUUCUGUGACGAGCGGUACCUGGACAACGACGAGCUGCUGAAACACCUGAGGAGGGAUCACUACUUCUGUCACUUCUGUGACUCUGAUGGGGCUCAGGAGUACUACAGCGAUUACGAGCACCUCCGGGAGCACUUCCGAGAGAAUCACUUCCUCUGCGAGGAGGGGCGGUGCAGCACGGAGCAGUUCACCCACGCCUUCCGCACCGAGAUCGAUUACAAAGCCCACAAAACCGCCUGCCACAGCAAGAACCGGGCCGAGGCCCGGCAGAACCGGCAGAUCGACCUCCAGUUCAACUACACCCCCCGGCACCAGAGGAGGAGUGAGGGUGUUGUAGGUGGAGAGGACUAUGAAGAAGUUGAGAGGUACAACAGGCAAGGGAGGGCAGGCAGACUGGGUGGCAGAGGAAGCCAGCAGAGCAGGAGAGGCAGCUGGAGAUACAAGAGGGAGGAAGAAGACCGGGAUGUUGCAGCAGCAGUCAGGGCAUCCGUGGCAGCAAAGAGACAAGAGGAGAAAAAAAGGGCAGAAGAGGACAGCAGCAGGGGGAAAAAGGAGGAUCUGAAGGAUUCUGAAGUGCUCAGCUCCAAACGUGUGCCAAAGCCUCCAAAUGAUGUGACAGAAGCAGCUGCUAAUGGUGCUCUAAGCCAGGAUGACUUUCCAGCCAUUGGAUCAGCAGCAGGACCUCUCCCAGGCUCUGCCCAGCCAGCAGCAGUGAAGCUGAAAGAAGAAGAUUUCCCAAGCUUGUCCUCUUCUGCAGCCCCCCCCAUCCCCUCUGGCAUCUCCUUGUCCUACACGGCGACCACAAAGAAGGCGGCUUUCCAGGAGGAGGAUUUUCCAGCUCUGGUGUCCAGGAUGAGGCCAAACCAUAGAACAGUGACAAACAUCACCUCUGCCUGGAACAACGGUUCAGGCAAAAACGUGGUCAAAGCCAUGAGCAGCCCAUGUGUCAACCAGGCAGCCAAAAAACCCUCCCUGAGCAGCACCAAGGGAAGCAAGAAGGGCAAUAAACUCUCUCACUCGGACGACGAAGACGGCGCUAGCGGCUUGACGGCCCAGGAGCUCAGAAACACACCCACCAUGUUUGAUGUGUCCUCCUUGCUGGCAGCUUCUACCUCACAAACUUUUACGAAGGUGAGCAAGAAAAAGAAGACGGGGGUGGAGAAGCAGAGACCGUUGUCCCCACACCUUUCCCAGGAUUCAGCCUUCCCCAGGCCAGCGACCGAGAAGCUGCCGGAAGCAGAGCAGACACCCAGCGCCCCUGACAGACCCGUGGCUGUCACCAAUGGUCACUCAGAAAAGCCAUCAGCCAUCUGCAGCACACCCAAAGAGCCCCCUGGCCUUAAAAAGCCCACAGUGACUACAAACAAAUGCCCUUUACCUCAGGAAGACUUCCCAGCUCUUGGGAGCUCAGGAUCGGCGAGGAUGCCCCCGCCACCAGGCUUUAACACUGUGGUGCUAUUAAAGAGUCCUCCUCCACCUCCGGGACUGUCGGUGCCUGUUAGCAAACCCCCUCCAGGUUUUGCUGUUAUUCCAUCCACCAAUAUCUCUGAACCUGUCACUACAUCUUUGAAAGAGCCAAAACUCUGUCAGGGAUCCUACUUGAUACCUGAAAACUUCCAGCAAAGGAACAUUCAGCUAAUCCAAUCCAUUAAAGAAUUUCUUCAAAGUGAUGAGUCCAAGUUCAAUAAAUUUAAAACUCAUUCUGGGCAGUUCAGGCAGGGUCUGAUUUCUGCAGCUCAGUAUUACAAGAGCUGUCGAGAACUGCUUGGGGAAAACUUCAAGAAAAUCUUCAACGAGUUGUUGGUGUUGUUGCCGGACACAGUUAAGCAACAAGAACUGCUUUCUGCUCACAAUGAUUUCAGAAUCAAGGAAAACAAAGCUCAAACAAUCCAAAAGAACAAAAAGAAUGUGUGGCAGAUGGACUCCAACUCUGAUCUCGACUGCUACAUCUGCCCCACGUGUAAGCAAGUACUAACUCAGCAGGACAUUGUCACCCAUAAAGCUUUGCAUAUUGAGGAUGAGGAAUUCCCUUCCCUCCAAGCAAUCAGCAGAAUCAUCAGUUAGCUUUCCUCACGACCAAUAAAAGAGUCUCUCUCUCUAAAUAUGCACUUUCUGCAACGUGGUUUGGCAGUGUAGGAGAGCUGGGGUGGGUUGAGUAGUUGGGUGACUUAGAGAGAGCUCUCUCAGUGCUGUUCAGAACUCCUCUGGACUGCCUGGAGCUGAUCAACACCCAGAGUCUGAGCUUCCCAAAAGCAGGAGUAGAGUUAGGCUGAGCUGGCAGGGUGGGAGGGCAGGGAGGGGAUCCCUUCUCCUGGGCCAGAGCUGAGGAAAUCCUUUCUGAGCUGCAGACUGACAGGGGGCAGGGGGAGCAGCAUCUGGUUUGGGGGGUUUCUCUUUUUGAUUUCUUUGGGGGCUGGGGGCUGAUGAUGCUGAAUCACUGCAAUGAACAGAAGCAAACUUGGCUUCUCUUAGAAUAUUCUGAUCAUUUGUGUGUGUGUGUGUGCUGUUUCUGUCACCACAAAGCUCACAGCAGUCAGGGGUGCAAAGUGCAGGAAGGGAAAUGCUGCUGCUCCUGCUGGUGGGGCAAAGGCAGCUCCUGGCUGAGAACUGAGGAAUGGGACUGAUCUGUGGGAUGAGUUGAACUUGAGGUUUGAAGUUGCCUCUGACCUUUUCUGUAACCUGUUCUUUAAAGAAACUUCUUUUGUAGCACUGCAUGGGGAAUGCUGAUGUCAAAGCUUUACUGCCUGUAAAGCACUGCACAGAAAUAUGAUUUCAUGACUGCCCUGUUUCUCCUUUCUUGGCUGUUACUGGUGGGAGCUCCAAACAAAACAGUAUCCUGGGCCAUUAAAUGCUGCUGCUCACUCACCCUGCUGAUCUGCAGUGCCUUUUGAGUGCAUUUCCCUGGUUUUUGGUGGUCUGCACUAAAGGAGGAUCCUUUGUUCAGGCAUUUACAUCCCCUGGGGAUGCUGCUCUGCCAUGGCCUCUGCAUUCCACCUCCUGGACACCAGAGGGGGAUGGAUCCUUCCUCCGAGGUAAUGACUCCAGCUGGGACAGGAUGGAGUGACCAGAGUCCUCCUGGCUGUGGUUUUUUGAUCUUCUCCCAUCCUGGCAAACCAGGUUUAAGCUCUUUCUAACACUUAGGAAUAAAGUUGAGUUAAAUUUAAUGUAUUUUUAGUGGGAAAAAAAAAAAGAAGAAAACCAACCAACAAUACUGCUUUUAUCUAAGCAUCAUUUCUAUGAAAUUGAGCCCAGAGCAUUGCUGAAGAGCUAGUCCUGGCUCCAGAAAGUUUGCCUUGCCUUACACCUGUGAUUUUUUUUUUUUUUUUUGCUUCCUGCCAGGCUCCACAGUGCUUUUGAUUUCUUUUCUGAAUUAACAAAGACUCUUCCCAGAACUGGAAUGUGCUGUGCUCAGCACAGGGCCCAGGCUGCCCAGCCCGGGGUGGGACAGGGGAGGAUCCUUUGCUGCAUGCAUGAAACUCUGAGAAAGCUUCCACCUUCCUGCUCCCAGCUGGGCUCCUGGGCACCAUGGUGGCACUGCCACCACCACCAUGUCCCCUCUGCUUUGGCAAGUUCUGGGACAAGGAAACUCCUGUUCCCUCUGUCUUCCCUCCUUUUGUUCCUUCCGUGGUGGCAGCUGUGGGUCCCAGGGGAUGGGUGCUUGGGUCCCAGGGGAUGGGUGCUUGGGUCCCAAGGGAUGGGUGCUGCUGGAUGUGUCCUCCAGGUGCUCCUUGGCCUGAGGCUGCAGUUUUAUUCCUUGUGCUCAGCUGCUUCAAUAAAGCAUUACCCACUUUUUU